ACCUUCAUGGUCCUUUCUUAUUGUAGCACUUUGGACAGAAUAAUAUUCUACAGAAUGCACACUAUUCAUUUAGCAUUGAAAACAGUGUUCCGGUGCUCCCUAACCUCGUCAUGAAUGUACUGUACCUCACUGACAAGCACCAAUGCACCAGCUAGAACCCCACACGGAAUGUAAAUAUUAACUCGCUGGGACAGUUCAACUGGUGGAUUUCGAAUCAUUGUAAUUUUAUGGUUCUACUCAACAGACACAUGGUUCAUUCAUAGACCUACAGACCCAGUUCCUAGCAGUACCCAGAUACAGUAUAUACUGUAUAGAUGCUCUAUGUAUACAAUAGGCUACAUGUAUGUAUGCACCAGCCCUGUAAGGGACCAAAAUUAUGAUUCAGUUAUUAUUACAGAAAAAGAUAUAAACAUGUCUGACAAGCCAUGCUACUCGGUGCUGGGCUUAGGUCGGUUGUUAGUUGUGAUCAUCUGCCUAUAGCUUUAUAGGACACUCAAACUCACAGACAUUGGCACUUGUUCUGUCAGUGGUGCUGCCCUUUGUAGGCUUUUAAAAUGCAAUGAGAAACCUCAGUCCCACACCCCCUUUCCUUGUAAAUGCCACUUGCAGAUGAAAAAAAAAAAAGUAUCUUUUAAUUUAUAUACAUUUAUAAAUGAAUAUUUUAAUUGGAAAUGUACAUAGAUGAAUAUAUUGGUGUAUACUGUAUAUACAUAAUUUGAGUGACCGGGUGAGGGAGGGAGAUAAGCAGUGGGAAAGAAAGAAGAAUGGAAAAUUGGGAAAAUGGACUCCAGUGAUCUCAGACUCUUGGAAACAUUUUUCCUUUCAGCUGGACUCAGAUUUCCACGACAAUACCCGCACCCUAUUUUAACUGUAUGGGGUUACAUACUGUUUUUCAUGUGACCAAUGGGGAGGCUGAACCCUGUUUGCCUAGUGGACACCACCGGAUUUGGGAGUACGCAUACAAAUUGACAGAAAUGUUGGACCCUUGCCACAGUGGAAAGAAGAAAAAAAACUGAGAAAAAUUGACACUAUGACCUUUGAAUUACAGAGACUUGGGGAGAAGAUUUCUUUUGAGAGUCCUUAAGCAGCAGCCAGCAAAUAGGAUUAGGCUCCCAGUUUUUCUUUGGGUUACUGUCAAAUGGUCUAUGUAUCAUAAACUGUCUGGGUUAGUUGGAUUGACUUUGUUAUGUUUGGACAUUGCUGUUCCUGUUUCUUCAAACCCUCCAUAUGUCAGAUGUGUUUCCUCUCUCUUAUCCCAUUGGACAGGCACAAUUGUAGCCAUCAGCUGCCCCCUGAGUUAGGCAGUUAUUAAGGUUAAAAUACAGACAGGACAUCUCUUAACCCUUUGAUGAGUAUGGUUGAACAGCAUAUUCUGAUUCUAGUUAUUGAACUAUAAAGCUCCAGAACAGAAUAUUAAGUGUAAGAUUCUAAGAACCUACUCCACAAAGGGUUAAAAGGGACUCUUUUAGGCACUCGGGGAGCUAGCUGUGUUCUGUUUGCCUGGUUCUUUUGCCAGUCUCUUCUACUAGCCUUGUAUUCUUGUCAACUUGCACCUAAGACAAGACUUAUGAUCACUGUGUAUGUAAACUCUAUUUUUGUGAAUGUUACAAAGUUUAAAAGACCUUCCCUCGUUAUUCUCCAGACAACAUCUGAAUUUUACAAGACCUAGGAUCAGCAACAGGAAAUUAUAGAAUUAAAGAUUUAAUUCUUAAAAUCUAUGAAAUAUAUAUCCCUGGAAUUUAAUGUUGCUUUUGUUGUGAUUUUUAUUUCAGAUUUGAGCUUUUUAUUUUCUUCCUUCUCUGUCAUCACCGUGUUGUCUUGUAAAAUGGUGAGUGAGAAGGUGGGGGGUGCAGAAGGAACCAAACUAGAUGAGGACUUCAAAGACCUGGAGAAGAGGGCCGAUGUGACCAGUAAAGCGGUUGUUGACGUCAUCUCUAAAACCUCUGAGUAUCUGCAACCCAACCCAGCGUCCAGGGCCAAGCUGACCAUGCUGAACACAGUGUCUAAGAUCAGGGGCCAGGUGAAGAGCCCUGGAUACCCCCAGGCGGAGGGACUGUUGGGGGAGAGUAUGGUGAAGUAUGGACGAGAGAUGGGAGAGGAGACAAACUUUGGUGGUGCUCUGGUAGAUGUGGGUGAGUCCAUGAAGAGGCUUGCCGAGGUCAAAGACUCCCUGGACAUCGAUGUCAAACAGAACUUUAUUGACCCGCUGCAGGCUGUUGUUGACAAGGAUAUCAAAGACAUCCAGUACCAUCUGAAGAAGCUGGAGGGCAGGCGUCUGGACUACGACUAUAAGAAGAAACGCCAGGGGAAGAUCCCAGAUGAGGAGCUGAGAUCGGCCCUGGAGAAGUUCCAUGAAUCCAAAGAGUUGGCAGAGAGCUCCAUGCACAACCUGCUGGAGACUGAUGUGGAGCAGGUGAGUCAGUUGGCUUCUCUGGUGGAGUCCCAGCUGCAGUAUCACAAACAGGCUGCCCAGAUUCUGGAGGAGCUAACUGACAAACUCAGAGAACGGGUGAAUGAGGCCCAGUCUCGGCCCAGGCGUGAGUACACCCCGAAACCUAAACCUUCCUUUGACUAUGGAGAAUCUGAGCACUCCAAUGGAGGGUACUCCCCCACCGCCAACUCCCCUUCAUACUCCUCAGACGUCCAGUCAUUCCACAGAAAAUCGUCCAGGAAGAACAGUCGAUACUCCUCUGAGCCGUGCGCCAAGGCUCUCUAUGACUUUGAGCCAGAGAACGAGGGUGAGCUGGGCUUCCGCGAGGGCGACAUCAUCACGCUGACCAACCGCAUUGACGAGAACUGGUUCGAGGGCACGCUACACGGCCAGUCAGGAUUCUUCCCCAACAACUAUGUGGAAGUGAUCGUGCCCCUGUAACACUAACAUGAGGAGGAGGGGAGGGGAAGGACAAGACAAGAGAGGAGGCAGGAGUGAGGUAGACUGGGGGGGGGGGGGGUCAUUUUUUAUGUUUUACUAAUUAAGUGGCCUCCUUUACUUUCCCCAUUCAUCGUCACUCAUUGAAAAAUGCAGGACAAAUGAAAGCUGUCGCUCCUGGGAGAUGUCAAAGUAAGGAGAAAACGAGAUAAGGAGAGAGAUCACUUUUGAUGAUUGAGAUUCACCCAAAAAUGAAUUGAAUUGGGGGGGGAAAUAGUGAGGCAGGAAGAGGGUGUUUAUGGAGAGAGGUUAGUACAACCAGGGGGUGCUGUUACUUAGUUUUAAUUCUCUAUGCACCUGAGCACUUUGUACAAUCCACCUCCCUGACCAGGACAAGCGGGUUAAUGGAGGUCCCAUGAACACUACCAGGCUAUGCUGUAUGAACACCUAGAAAAUGUCUUUCAACUUUUUUUUUUUCUCUGUUAUUUACAGAUGUCCUUGUUGUUAUUGUCUUUAUUUUUUGGCAAAAAAGUUUCUUUCACAAGUGGAAAUCUUUUUUUUCUUUUAUAUAAAAACACCAACUCUAUACACCCGUCACUUUUCUUCCCAGCUUUAUUCUUCCCAGGAUCUGCAUUUUAGUUUAAGGAUCUUUGGUUCCCUCUGGUGGUCCCCCUGUGUUUUACUUCACUCAGCCAUUAAGUUGUCCGUAAUCACCUGUUUGAAGAUCAGUUCUGUUUUCCCCAUUGGUGAAUGUACGGAUUUGGGGUAUGGCAAGCUGGUCCUAGGAUUAUGCCCAGGGUCUAAUUAUGGAACAGAGUUUACAUCACUGCUGGUAUUGUUUAUUUCCUGGUACUUUUUUAUGCUUUGUAAUCUAUCUCAAACUUGUAAAAAGUGACUGCUCAGUUUGUGAAUCUAUAUAUCUAUAUCUAUAGAUGUAGAUAAUUGGCCUGUUAGUUUUUAUCAACAUUGGCCCUGUCUUAGCAAGGCAAUAGUGUUUUUGGAAACUCUUAGGCACCUAGGCUAGUUAACUACUAAAUGACAAUUUUCUGUUGGCAUGGAAGCUUCUGCUGGUCAGAGGUUUCCUGUCUGUAAACAGUGUUUGGUACUGUUGGCUGCUGGAUUCUGCUUGAUCCGUUGGCCUUCCCCCUCCGUCCCUAACUCUCCUGUGGUUAAAUGACCGUUAACUGAGUCUCUAUGACGGCCGAAGCCAAAGGAACAAUGUGUUUAGGGUGUUACAUGGAUAUCAUUGUGGCUUGGAGCUCUAAUGCGUUUGAACAAAUUGUGAGAGUACAGUCAGUAAAGUGUGUGUCUCUGUAUCCACCGUGUGUUGACACUGCUGGCAGUGUCUUGUAGAAUAACUGCACGCAUUUCUAGAUGACACAUUCUUCAUUGUGUUUUAAAGGAAGCUGGUUGUUUGGUAUUUACACGGGUCACCUCUACAGUCCCAUUCCCACGGCACCCCCAUGUCGUCGUCUUUCUGGGUGUUACAAACUGUUCUCUAUUUAUUCUAUCUACACCUUUUGACACAGAGAUUCAGAACUAUGCAGAAAACCAACGCUACACACAGAUGAUGCGUCUCUUUUUUAUGGGAUUUUCCCUCCUUCACAGUGCAUGUGUAAUUGUAACCGGCACAGACUAAUCUUUUAUGCAGACAUAACACGGGACGGCUUAUCCCCUACCCCCCACACUCUGCCCCAUCCCUACCCCAUUCAUCCCCCCCCGUGUCUCUCCUCCCAUCUCUCACACCUGCCCUGGGUUCUCUAUUGUCAUCCCUAACCGCCCUCCCCCUCUCCUAAUCCUCUCCCUUGAGUCCUGCCUCUCUCCCAUCACUACAGAACCAUCUCCCUCCCAAUCUCCCACUCCUCUCCCCAUCUCCUUCCCUAGAAUAUGCAGCUUGCUAUUCCCCAAAAUACAAAUAUCCUUUAUGCCUUAACUAAGCAUAUCCCUCUGAAAGUUUACAUGUCUCUGGUUGUCUGAUAUACAUGUUGGGUUUUGGAUUUGGCUGCAGUUUUUUCCAGAUCUUUUUAUUCUAGUAAAGAUCCAGAAGCAUUUUGCGUAUGUUUCUCUAACACAUUUCUACCUAAUGAAUUUGUGUCCUCCAAUGUUUUACCAGUGAAACGUCAGAGCGGUGUUCACAUAGGCCUACCAACCAUUUGAUCUAAUCAGUUUCAUGUAUUUAUAUCUUUGAGUUAUGGACUUAGUGUUUUUUUUUAUUCACUUAAUGCGCACUAAGUGAAUAAUAGAGCCGAUGGUAGCAUAUCCUACCAUGUAUUUUAUUGUGGUGAGCACUGUUGAUAUUUGGCCACAUGAGAUGAAAUGGUUUGUUUUCCAGUAACCUUACACUUAUUUUAUAUUUGGUCCUCUUAAUGUAGAAUAUUAUCAUUGUGAUCUUGCAGACAUUGAUUUAGCACAUUCCAUUUUACUUUAAACAUGAACCAGAUCAGGGUAUUUAUUAGUAGAGCAUUUAUGUGUAAAGUAGCCAAUAGAAUAAAGCUAUUCAAUCCGCACAUGUGGGAUCUUUAGUACAGUGAAAAAUGUCUGUGAAAAAUAGGCUCUGCAGCCACUCCAUUGGGUGUUAGUAAGCUACCCCAGCCAUUAGCCUAAAUAAAAAAAUCAACUGGGCUCUGGGGAAGAGAGGCCUGCCAGUGGCACAGGUUAUGUUAAGUACCUCGUAUACUGGUGAAUAAUGUAAAAAGGACUCAGAUCAACUUCGUCUGUUAUUGCCUGUCUAGUUUUCCUACUCAAUAGCUUUAAUGCGAUUGGGUACAAAAUUAUAUUUGUAUGUUAGUCACACUACAUUCUAAUAUGGGGCAAUUUCAGCAGUACCCCACGUGUACAAUAUUACGAAACAAAGUGUUAUCUUACUUAAUACCAUUUAUUUUAAUAUAAAGAAUCAUAUCGGAAAGUACCCAUUAAAUUGCUACUAUCCUGCAUGUGUCUAUAAAAUGUCUUGAUUCAAAAAUAUUUGUAACACCGGGGAUUGAGAAUUGAACCAAGUCAGGAUUAUCCCUGGAUUAUUUUAUUUUGGUAAUGUCAUAUAAUCUCCUGUGUAAUGUAUAUAUUUUGCUUGUGAUGUAAAGAAGAAAGGAUGUCGUUUAACGUCUUAAAUAAACAUGAAGGAAAGUGA